GAAGAAAAAAAAAUCCAUGAACUUGUAAACAGGUUAAUUGAGAUUAUCUAAUCUAAGCAACAGAAAGAAAAAAGAAUGCAGAAAAAUGAACGUAACUUUAGAGACCUGGAGGACACACUCACGCUACUAGUAUUCACAUAAUAUGAGCCCUAGAAGGAGAGGAGACAGAGAAAAUGGAAGAAAGAAUAUUUGAAGAAAUAAUGGCCAGAAACUUCCGAAAUUUGAUGAAAAACGGCAUCAAAUCUGCAUAUCCAAGAAGCUCAACAAUCUCCAAGUAGAAUAAACCUCAAGACCAAGACACAUCAUAGUCAAACUAGCCAAAGAUGAAGAAUCUGGAAAGCAGCGAGAAGUGAUUCAUCCCACACAAAGCCCCCACCAGAACAUGACUUCCUAGAACCAUGCUCCCGGAACCAAUGCUGACAGAAUCUGAGGUAACAAUCACUUGUGAGUCAUCAACAGCACUGCCCUAUCAGUGAAGUCAAAGAUUGAAGAAGAACUCUUUCAAACCUUUCAAGUGCCCCCUCCUUUCCUUAAAGUCUUUUAUAGAGGUCCCCUUCUUGGCCAUCUCCAUCCUGUGAGUCAGGACUGAAAGGACACAGACAGGUCACCGACAGCAUUGUUGGGGCAAGCCUGCAAGCACGCAUCACUGGGGAUCUGACAUGACAAUGGCCGCCUGCCCCCUCUGAGGGCUACAGGACUUACCCCGUUGGGAAGCAGCUAAGCAGGUCUGACCAGCCGACCUGGACCUGGCCAAGGGUCCUGUCAUCCCUCAUGGCCACCCCACCAUUCCGGCUGAUAAGGAAGAUGUUUUCCUUCAAGGUGAGCAGAUGGAUGAGGCUUGCCUGCUUCCGGUCCCUGGCAGCAUCCUCUCCCAGUAUUCGCCAGAAGAAACUAAUGCACAAGCUGCAGGAGGAAAAGGCUUUUCGCGAAGAGAUGAAAGUUUUUCGUGAAAAAAUAGAGGACUUCAGGGAAGAGAUGUGGACUUUCCGAGGCAAGAUCCAUGCUUUCCGGGGCCAGAUCCUGGGUUUUUGGGAAGAAGAGAGACCUUUCUGGGAAGAGGAGAAAACCUUCUGGAAAGAGGAAAAAUCCUUCUGGGAAAUGGAAAAGGCUUUCAGGGAGGAAGAGAAAACUUUUUGGAAAAAGUACCGCACUUUCUGGAAGGAGGAUAAGGCCUUCUGGAAAGAGGACAAUGCCUUAUGGGAAAGAGACCGGAAACUUCUUCAGGAGGACAAGGCCCUGUGGGAGGAAGAAAAGGCCCUUUGGGUAGAGGAAAGAGCCCUCCUUGAGGGGGAGAAAGCCCUGUGGGAGGAUAAAACGUCCCUCUGGGAGGAAGAGAAUGCCCUCUGGGAGGAAGAGAGGGCCUUCUGGGUAGAGAACAAUGGCCACAUUGCCGGAGAGCAGAUGCUCGAAGAUGGGCCCCACAACGCCAACAGAGGGCAGAGCUUGCUGGCCUUCUCCCGAGGCAGGGCGUAGCCAGCAUGCAGGUGCAGGGCCCUGUGGUCCAGACUCCCCUGGGUUGGGAUUCAAGUCCAGGGUGAGCCCAUGUGCUGGAGAAAAUACACACUCAUUGGUCUCCUUGCUUUGAAAGAUCCAAUAAAGUCCUGAGGCAAGGUCUGGAAAACCAACUUCUCUGAGGAA